ACGAUGUAAUCAGCACAAUGUCAUCCACAAAGAGGAGCAUCUGGAAUACUUCACCAUCCCUGGGGAGUUCAUCUACUAUUCUGCACUACACAUUUUCCAUGGCAAAGAUGGCAUCAAAUGAUGACUUUGGUUCAUAUUAUCCCAGCAAUCCUCAACCUGGGGACCUGAUUGAAGUCUUUCGUCCAGGUUACCAGCACUGGACUUUAUAUCUGGGCGAUGGCUAUGUCAUCAACAUGGCCCCAACAGAGGACAGCUCCCCCGUACCGUUCACAAGCGCUAAGUCCGUUUUCAGCAAAAAGGCCUUGGUCCGGAUGCAGCUCUUGAAGGACGUGGUGGGAACGGACACUUACAGGAUCAAUAACAAAUACGAUGACGUGUACCCGCCUCUGCCGCUAGAUGAAAUCAUCCGCCUGUCGGAAUUCCUCAUUGGGCAGGAGGUGUCGUAUGACGUACUGGUCAACAACUGCGAGCACUUUGUGACUUUGCUCCGAUACGGAGAAGGCAUCUCGGAGCAGGCCAACCGAGCGAUUGGUGCCAUCGGAAUUGUAACCGCUGCUGCCGGCGCCUUCUCCCUCCUUGGAUUGUUUCCAAGCAAACAAAGGACUGGCACCCUGAGGAACAGGUAUAAGAGGAAUUUACUUGGAAAUGAAGAUGAUGUUACGAAAAAGUUCCCUUCCAGCUUUGAAUAUCAUGACCAUAUGAACAUUUGUCCGUGAAUGGAGAAAAAAGAAUCGGGACAGACCAUAGUGUGGCCAUCAACUUGAAUCCUGGGCUCACCUCCACAAAAAACGCCACACAGAACUGGACGAGUGAUGCUGCAAGAACCCAAAUCCUCCAUGUUGUGAUUGUUGGGAUGAGCUGUUUGAAAAGGGUGGCAUGUCUCAAUGUUACAAGUUUUGUCCACAACAACUGUCCAUGUUUAUGGAAUGUUUCAAGACAGCUCCAACUAGCAGGAGGUCAAUGGGGCUCUGUCCCAGGCCCAUCUCCACCCUGGGGGAAAGGGGGAAUCCUUCCUCUGCAUACACUUCCAUCCCCACCCAUGGCUGAAGGCUUCUCUAAGCCCAUAUUACCAUCUUCUUCCAUGGUCCUAGCCAUGCCCCAACCCAGGGUCUUAUUAUGAUACACUUCUUUCUCGGGGGCCGUUUGCACCUGAGUGUAAGAAUCAAGCUCCUGCUUCAUGUAUCCAAUUCCAGGGACAAAUGUUCCUUUUGCCACUUCAUCCUCCCUCUCCCCCAAUCCCCACUUUCCACUCAACUGCUUUUGCCCUAGAUGAAAAAUGCCUCAUUAUAGUGCUGUUCUCAGGUCACAAAGCAUUUUCUUCAGAACAACCUCAUGGGGGCAGCUAGGUGGCACAGUAGAUAAAGCACCAGCCCUGGAUUCAGGAGGACCGGAGUUCAAAUCCGGCCUCAGACACUUGGCACUUACUAGCUGUGUGACCCUGAGCAAGUCACUUAACCUUCAUUGCCCUGCCAAAAAAAAAAAAAAAAAAAGAACAACCUCACAAGGUAGGCAAUGUACCUUGAUUAUCCCCAUUUUAUAGACAGAGGAAUGAGACUCAGGGUGGUUGUGACAUAUUCAGAGUCACACAGCAAUCUAUGUAAUAGGAAUCUGGUGUCUUGACUCCAAGACUAGUGAGCCUACACUAUAUCCCAAUGAUACUAUAAGAAUCCAUAGUAGCAUAGGUAACAUUGUUCCUUUUAUGCCUUUAAAACUGAGCCAAAAUAGCAUUAGGCUAUUUCCAUAAAGCGAAGCUUACUUGAAACUUCUUACUAGAACAACCCAGGCUUGAAAAAUUAGAUAGGGGAGUGACUAUAUUUUUUGUAAACUUUAUGUUCCAGGUGUCUGAACUGCAAGUUCACCUAAAUCUAGGUAGCUCUUUUAUGAAAAGAAAAGUCAAAAUUGUGUUCCCUUAAAAACAGACAUUCACACAAAAGGAAUGAAGGGGGAUUAGAGAUCCCCCAGAUAUGGUCCAGAGAAAGUGAGGCCCAUAAGCACUGCAAGAUGGCGUGGCGAGUCUAUUGUCCUGUUACCCCCACGGGACCAGGUGAUGGAUGGGGCGGUUCAGGAGAACAGGAAAAACAUAAGAAGCCACCAUCUUUGGGGUCCUCAUGCCAAGCAGCUACUUAGGCACAUCUCUUCCUUCUUUGGGCCCUUCUCCGAGUCCUUUCAAAGCCUUAGGUUGUUCACUGCUUGGUUUUAGCCAAAUGGAAACUUCAUUCAUCUCCCUCGUUCAAUAUUAUAAAAAGGGCAGAAGAAUGAAGAGCGUCAGCCUCUGGGAAGAAGGGAAUGCUUUGUUUCUUCUGCCUUUGGAUCGCCUGCACCCCUCUGGUGCAGAGUGGGUACUUGGUGCACACUUACUGAGCUGCAGAAUCAUUGAUGAGAGCAUGAUCCAAUAAAGAAAGCGUCCAAGGAGACUCUAGAGGGGCAGAGUUCUGUCCAUUUCCACUGCAAUUGCCCAAGCCAGUGUGAUUCCCACCUCCAGGAUUCGUCCUCUUUUGCCUAGCUUGUUAAACUUCUCCCUAGCCUUCCUAUCAGGACUCUUUUCCUACUCCAUGUCCAAGGACUUAAAACCAUAAGCAGUAGAUGAACCACAAUACCUUCCAGCGACACAUUUACUUUCCAGUAGAAUCUAAGCUCCUCGACAGAGGAGCUAUUUCUCAUUUUUGACUUUGUAUCCUAAGUGCCAUGUAUUUCCAUGUAGUAAGUGCUUAAUAAGUGAUUUGGGGGGGCGGGGCAAUUGUAGUUAAGUGACUUGCCUAGGGUCACACAGCUAGUAAGUGUCAAGUGUCUGAGGUCGGAUUUGAGCUCAGGUCCUCCUGACUCCAGGGCUAGUGCCACUUAGCUGCCCCUUAAUAAGUGAUUUUUAAUUGAAAUUGAAGUCUUCUAUCUGCAAGUCACUAUGCUAGAGAUCUCACUGCAUCUCAGAAGCCUUCUAUGUCUAAGCUCCAGUUUGGGGCAUUCAUGGCUUUCCACAGCAUAGCCCUAUCUCCUACCAAUCUGCAGCCCCAGACCUCUCCUACGCAUUCUCUCUGCAGCCUCAUUCUUCCCCCAAUCACAACAUUCUUAUAUUUUUUCACCUCCAAAAUGUUGUUCAUGCUAUUCUGGAUACUUGGAUUGCCUUCUCCUCUGUUCUCCAGCUAACCAAAAUUUACCCAUUUGGAAAU